UUAAUAUUUCAAAUGUGUGUCCGUAUAUUUCAAAAACUUUACACCCAAAGAACUAAACACACCCUUAUUAUAAAAAAAUACAAUUUACCUGCUCUCCACCAACCAUUCUUUCCAUGCAUUCGUUGCCUCUCAACUGCACCAGCUAAUUCAGUCAUCGUAAAGGAGAGAGAAAGCUAUGAAACAGUGUAUUUAUAUAGCCUCAAAACCUCCUGGUCCUGUUACUACCACUGCAUUAAUUGUGUUUUCCUUUGCAAACAAAUCAAUCUUCCUCACAAACAACGAUGGUGAGCACCAAUGCCGGCGGUAUUGCGAGCAAGCAGGCGUCGUCCAUGGCCCCCAACCCGGGCAAGGCCACGAUCCUCGCCCUCGGCCACGCCUUCCCGCAGCAGCUGGUCAUGCAGGACUACGUCGUCGACGGCUUCAUGAGGAACACCAACUGCGACGACCCGGAGCUCAAGGAGAAGCUCACCAGACUCUGCAAGACGACGACGGUGAAGACGAGGUACGUGGUGAUGUCGGAGGAGAUCCUCAAGAGCUACCCGGAGCUGGCGCAGGAGGGCCAGCCGACGAUGAAGCAGCGGCUGGACAUCUCCAACAAGGCGGUGACGCAGAUGGCGACGGAGGCGUCGCUCGCCUGCGUCCGCUCCUGGGGCGGCGCGCUCUCGGAGAUCACCCACCUUGUCUACGUCUCCUCCAGCGAGGCGCGGUUCCCCGGCGGAGACCUCCACCUGGCGCGCGCGCUGGGCCUCAGCCCGGACGUCCGCCGCGUCAUGCUGGCGUUCACCGGCUGCUCGGGCGGCGUCGCGGGCCUCCGCGUCGCCAAGGGCCUCGCCGAGAGCUGCCCGGGUGCGCGCGUCCUCCUCGCCACCUCCGAGACCACCAUCGUCGGGUUCCGCCCGCCCAGCCCCGACCGCCCCUACGACCUCGUCGGCGUCGCCCUCUUCGGCGACGGCGCCGGCGCGGCCGUGGUCGGCGCCGACCCGACACCGGUGGAGCGCCCGCUGUUCGAGCUCCACUCGGCGCUGCAGCGGUUCCUCCCCGACACCGACAAGACCAUCGACGGGCGGCUGACGGAGGAGGGCAUCAAGUUCCAGCUCGGCCGCGAACUCCCCCACAUCAUCGAGGCCAACGUGGAGGCCUUCUGCCAGAAGCUGAUGCAGGAGCACCCUCAGGCGGCGGACAAGCUCACCUACGGCGACAUGUUCUGGGCGGUGCACCCCGGCGGGCCGGCGAUCCUGACCAAGAUGGAGGGCAGGCUGGGGCUGGACGGCGGGAAGCUCCGCGCCAGCCGGAGCGCGCUCCGGGACUUCGGGAACGCGAGCAGCAACACCAUCGUGUACGUGCUGGAGAACAUGGUGGAGGAGACCCGGCAGAGGAGGGAGGAGGCGGCGGAAGAGGAGGAUUGCGAGUGGGGGCUCAUACUGGCGUUCGGGCCGGGGAUCACGUUCGAGGGGAUCCUGGCCAGAAAUCUGCAGGCGCGCGCGCGCGCGCGCGACUGAGGAGGGAGGGAGACAGGGAUCGGACUCUGAUUGAUCACGAUGUAUCGGGCCUCAGCGCAAUGCAAGAAACAUUUUCGCUGUCCAGACUAAUAAAAGGCGAAAGUGUUUUCUUCCCUAUAAAAGAUAUCCUCUCGUUGCGUGCAAUGUUAUCUAAAUAGUUUAAAAAAA